AUGAAAGUCAAAGCCCUCUCCCGCUCUGCGGCCGAUAUUCAAGCGCCGGGUACCAAUGUGUCCCGCACGCCGAGAAAUCUCGACCCGGCUCUGCACCCGUUCGAACGCGCUCGCGAGUACACGCGCGCCCUCAAUGCCACCAAGAUGGAGCGCAUGUUCGCCCAGCCGUUCAUAGCGCAGCUGGGCAAAGGCCACGUCGACGGUGUCUACUCGAUCGCGAAAGAUCCAGAGUCCCUUGCGCAUUUUGCCAGCGGUAGUGGUGAUGGUAUCGUGAAGGUCUGGGAUUUGACAAGCCAGGAUGAGAUAUGGCAGGGGUCUGCGCACGAGAAUAUCGUUCGCGGCCUUACAUGGUCGAGGGAUAAGAAAAUCCUUUCUUGUGGUGCGGACAAGACGGUCAAGAUGUUCGAUCCGUACAAGACGUCCAGCGGCAGUUCUCCAGUAGCUACUUGGCUCGGAAAUGGCGCCUUUACAAGCAUCACCCACCACCGCUCCGAGCCCGCUGUCGCCGUGUCUUCGUCCAGCCAGAUUUCCAUCUAUGAUACCACGCGCCCCGCCUCGAACCCUUCGCAGACGCUCGCCUGGCCUACCGCCAUCGAUACUAUCAACGCCGUUUCCUUCAACCAGACGGAGACGUCGAUCCUUGCGUCUGCAGCCUCUGACCGCAGCAUCGUCAUGUAUGACCUCCGCACUGCCUCCCCGCUGCACAAGACAGUCCUCACGCUCGCCGCCAACUGCAUCUCCUGGAAUCCCAUGGAGGCCUUCAACUUUGCCUGCGGCAGCGAAGACCACAACGUCUACAUCUUCGACAUGCGCAACAUGAAGCGUGCCCUCAACGUCCUCAAGGACCACGUCGCCGCCGUCAUGGACGUCGACUGGUCGCCGACGGGCGAGGAGCUCGUGUCGGCGUCGUACGACCGCAGCAUCCGCCUCUGGAACCGCGGCCAGGGCCACUCGCGCGACAUCUACCACACCAAGCGCAUGCAGCGCGUCUUCUCAUGCGCCUGGUCGCCCGACAACAACUACGUCCUCUCGGGCUCCGACGACGGCAACGUCCGCCUCUGGCGCGCAAAGGCCUCGGCCCGCCAGGGCAUCAAGUCCGCCCGCGAGCGCCAGAAGCUCGAGUACGACGAGGCCCUCAAGAACCGCUACAAGCACAUGCCCGAGAUCAGGCGCAUCGCCCGUCACAGGCACGUGCCCAAGGUUGUCAAGAAGGCCGGCGAGAUCAAGGCCGAGGAGAUCAAGGCGAUCAAGAGGAAGGAGGAGAACGAGAGGAGGCAUACUCGCAAGGGCGAGAUGCGCCGGAGGGGCGAGAGAGAAAAGAUGAUCAUGGCUACGGAACAGUAA